ACCCCUUUCGUCGGCACUUGUUUCACAGGGCUGAAUAUAUUAAGCCUCCAAUAGCCGGUAUUUAUAUUCCCUGCGCGUCUCUGUGUGUCUGAGCCCCGGCGCUCUCAGCUCGCACAGAAAACCCGACCCACCACCGCCUCUGUUCCCCCUCUGACUGACCCAGCGCCCGCCACGCUCCGGCUCCAGCGCAGCGGCUGAGGGGGAGAGAGGAGCCCGAUGCGGAGAGCGCAGCGGCGGGGCGGGGGAGCGCAGUGAGCGGGGAUGGUGAGCGCUGCUGCCGCGGCGGCGGAUCUGUGAGGGAUUUAUCAGGCUUGGGCAGAUCAGUCCCCGCAGCGCAGGAUAAACCAAAGAGCAAAGAGCCGAUAGAUCACCAGAUUCUUCUCCAGGAUGCGACAGUAAGCCUGUGCAGUGCUGAUCGUCACAAUGGGAAUAGCUGGGCCCUCGGCCUGUACGGCCCAGGCCAACUGCUAUCAGAACAACUCCUCCAAAGACUACUGCUACUCGGCCCGCAUUCGCAGCACUGUGCUCCAGGGCCUGCCGUUCGGAGGCGUUCCUACCGUCCUCGCCCUGGACUUUAUGUGCUUCUUGGUACUUCUCUUUGUUUUCUCCAUCUUGCGAAAAGUGGCAUGGGAUUACGGGCGGCUGGCGCUGGUGACCGAUGCUGACAGACAGAAGAAGCGAUUCCAGGGUCUGGAGGAACGGGAAUAUGUGGCCUCAGCGUUGCAUUCAGAAACUCCGGAUCGUUAUGAGCGUCUCACCUCCGUCUCCAGCUCUGUGGAUUUUGAACAGCGAGACAACGGGUUCUGCUCUUGGCUGACGGCCAUAUUCAGAAUAAAGGAUGAGGAGAUCCGUGAGAAGUGUGGAGAAGAUGCCGUGCACUAUCUCUCCUUUCAGCGGCACAUCAUCGGGCUGCUGGUGGUGGUGGGCGUGCUGUCAGUGGGCAUCGUCCUACCAGUCAACUUUUCCGGAGAUCUGCUGGAAAACAACGCGUACAGCUUCGGCCGCACCACGAUAGCUAACCUGAACUCGGGGAAUAACCUGUUGUGGCUGCACACGUCAUUUGCGUUCAUGUACCUCCUCCUGACGGUCUACAGCAUGAGACGCCACACCUCUAAGAUGCACUACAAAGAGGACGAUCUGGUGAAACGCACUUUAUUUAUUAACGGCAUCUCAAAAUAUGCGGAGGAGAUCCAUAUAAAGCAGCACUUUGAGCAGGCUUAUGAGAACUGUGUGGUGCUGGAGGCCCGGAUCUGCUACAACGUGGCCAGACUCAUGUCCCUCAAUGCUGAGAGGAAAAAAGCAGAGCGCAGUAAGAAGUUCUUCACUGAUCUGAUGGCGAAGGAACACAUGCCCACUAUGAUCAACCCUAAACCCUGUGGUCACCUGUGCUGUUGUGCCAUCAAAGGCUGUGAGGAGGAGGAGGCAGUGAGUUACUACACAAAGCUGGAGGCAAAACUAAAGGACGACUACAGGAAGGAGAAGGAGAAAGUCAACACCAAACCCCUGGGCAUGGCUUUUGUCACCUUCCAAAACGAGGCCAUGACUGCAAUAAUCCUGAAGGACUUCAAUGCGUGUCAGUGUCAGGGCUGUAAGUGUCGUCAGGAACCGCGUUCCUCUCAGUUCAGCGAGAACCUUCAUGUCUACGACUGGAGUGUGACCUACGCCCCUGAUCCCCAGAACGUGCGCUGGGAGCACUUGUCUCUGGGAGGUGUGAUCUGGUGGAUCCGCUGCUUCAUUAUCAACUGCAUCCUGUUCCUCCUGCUCUUCUUCCUCACCACCCCUGCCAUCAUCAUCACCACUAUGGACAAGUUUAAUGUCACUAAGCCAGUGGAGUACCUCAAUAAUCCCAUCGUCACCCAGUUCUUCCCCACUCUCCUUCUGUGGGCCUUCUCUGCUCUGUUGCCAACCAUAGUCUACUACUCAGCCUUCUUUGAAGCCCACUGGACCAGGUCGGGCGAGAACAGGACCACCAUGCACAAAUGUUACACGUUUCUCAUCUUCAUGGUUCUUCUGUUGCCUUCACUGGGCCUUAGCAGUCUGGAUGUUUUCUUCCGCUGGCUCUUCGACACGCAGUUCCUGGCUGUGGCUACGAUCCGAUUUGAGUGUGUGUUCCUCCCUGAUAACGGAGCAUUUUUUGUGAACUACGUCAUCGCCUCUGCAUUCAUCGGUAACGCCAUGGAUCUGCUGCGAAUUCCCGGCCUUCUGAUGUACAUGAUCCGCCUGUGCCUCGCUCGCUCUGUCGCAGAGAGACGCAACGUCAAACGGCACCAGGCCUACGAGUUCCAGUUCGGUGCUGCUUACGCCUGGAUGAUGUGCGUCUUCACUGUCGUUAUGACGUACAGCAUCACCUGCCCAAUCAUUGUGCCCUUCGGUCUGAUGUACAUGCUCCUGAAGCAUCUGGUGGACAGGUAUAAUAUGUACUAUGCUUACCUGCCCUCCAAACUGGACAAGAAGAUCCACUCCGGUGCUGUCAAUCAAGUAGUAGCCGCGCCUAUCCUCUGCCUUUUCUGGUUACUUUUCUUCUCUACUGUACGCACAGGCUUCGUGACUCCGACGUCCAUGUUCACCUUCAUAGUGCUCAUCAUCACCAUCGUGAUUUGCCUUUCGCACGUCUGCUUCGGUCACUUCAAGUACCUCAGCGCUCACAACUACAAGAUCGACACCAAGGACACGGAUGUGGACGGUGUGGAGAACGGGCGGCCGGCGCGCUCCUCCCCCUCUAACAGGUCACAGCAGCAGAUGUACAUCGCCCAGGUCCUGCAGGACCCGAACUGUGACGAGGCGGGCGGGGGCAGCGGAGAAGAGGAUGGGCAGGGGUCCUCGCAGGACGAGGAGAUGAUCAACGCCGGGAACAGCCUCAACGAGGCCGACUUCCAGUCCGGAGAGGACAGCCUCAUCGCCAAUGAAGUCCGCCAGUAACAGCAGCAGCACUGAUGGAGAGAAAGAGAGAGAGAGGAGAGAGAGAGAGAGAAUAGGAGGGACUGGAAGAGGAAGAGAGAGGGCCGCGCUGGACGUCUCCGACCCAUUACUGAGCUGUCACCUUCUGGAGCUUUCCGCACAUCCGCGUGACCCGCGUCAUCUCCCUCAUGAGCACCACGAACGGAUUCAGUGUGUCGGUCUUUUGAGGAGCGUUGCCAAAAAAUAAAAAAAACACUUCACACCAACAUGUAACGUGUUCAAGCACAAACUGCACAUACAGCCAUUUACAUUCAUACGCAAACCAUGCACACCAACACUCAUACACACACUCACACAUUUACUCAUCCUUACAGACGAACAUGUUGGACAUGUUGGUGCACAUGCAAGUACAGUAGUAGAUAGUAGACAGGUUUCUAUAAAUAGAUACACACACACAAAUACACACACAAAUACAUAAACAAACAUACAUACACACUCAUGCUUGCACUUUCACUCUUAACUUUAUGCUACAGACUGGUUCUGUGCAGAAAGAGAACAAUGGGGACCGCUAACAGACACUUUAGCGCUUUGGAGUCAGUGCAAGUGUGUGUGUUUGUGUGUGAGCUUGUCAUGGAGUGAAGUGUAUUUAUGAUUUAUGUUUUCUUUUUUUUUGUAUUUAUUGUUUUCAAACUUCUUCUUUGUCUGCUUCUUAUUCUGCGGAAGUGGAAGCCUGUUUUUUGGAAAUUCACAACGACUAGCCUCAAAUAUAGUAGAGUACAGUGCUCCAUUAUAUGGCCUAUGUUUUAUGUACUUUCUAAACACUUGGAAACAGUGACUUUAACAUCCAGCUCUUGAUAGUUUAGAGACUCUAACUCCCAGAAUCCACCUGGAGCGAACGGCGUAGCGAUAAACGAUAGUCUGGGAAUUCCUGAGCAGAGAAACUCAGAAUCUCCAGGACACUCUGCCUCGGCGCGGCAGCCCUUGAGAAGUUUCAUUUCUCUCGCUAAUCCUAAUCCUUCACCUGUGUUAGCUGCUGCGCAACUGACUUAGUUUGCUUGCUGUCUGUCAAUCUGUUCAUCUGUCAGUCUUUCCGUCUGUCCGCAUGUCUUUUAUUGCCUAAGCGAACAGAUUUUUCAUACUACACUCUGCAUUCCAGAGCACAUGCGCAGUAGAGGAUAGCUUGGAGACGAGAGUGCAGCACCGGCCUCCUCAUAAGAACGUAGGAAGUCUGGUCGCCACCACAGUCGACAUCAAGAGACUGACCAGAGGAAUGACCAGCCUUCACAGUCCUGCUUCUAAGUGAUCAGAGGUGAAGAGAGUCCUUAGCGAUGCAAUCUAACUAGGUCGGUGUCUUUCCAGCGGCACGAACAAUGUGGAGAUCUUAAAGGCUACGGGUAGAAAUUACCCACAGCAAUGCGACUUAGUUUAAACAGCCAGGUUGGAAUAAAUGCAAAAGAAAUUAGGAAAAGGACAAAAAGCUUAAAAGGGAAGUUUAAAGAAUCUAAGGCCGAAUAACUUGCCCUUUUUACAGCCAGCUCCAGCGAAAGCAUUCUCUGUAAAAAAAAAACGAAAAAUAAAAAAAUCCCAGUCAUCAGCUACUGGAAAUCCUUAAGGAAGCCUGUAAUUCUAUGAAGGGUGAAACCGAAACUUCACGUGAAGCGCUGCCCUUUUAUGCAGGCAUGUCAGUUCAGGCACAUCACAUUUGGUAAGGAAAGCAGAUUUGGGCCAUUUUCACCUUUUUACCUGUUGUGUGAAUGUAGCCAAAGUUGUGGACCAUGCCUGAAGUCCACAUCCGAAGAGUCCUCUGGUCUUCGUUCACCCGCCGUUUCCUAUUCUGUUGUUGGUCAGCUUUAUUUUCGUUUCACCUUAACUACCUUAAUGGACGUCUGUUUGCAUACGUUUGAAGUGGAACACUAGUGUUCUUGCUUUCGUAGCAGACUAGAAACACCAAGCUUAGUAGGGAAUCGGGAAAACGGGGGAAAAUCUUUUAGACUUUCCCAAACAGAUUAGAUAUGUCCAUGCAUCAUGUUGUGUACAGCAUGUGAGAGGUUAUACCAUGUAUGAAGAAUCUCAGCUUUUCUCUCAGUAAGCUUUAUUUCAGUAAUCCUUUAGCAGUAGCAGAUCUCGAUCAAAGAACAGUGGAAAGUGGAUGACACACUGGAAAGCAGGUCAUUUGGACGACAACCAGGCUGGGUAAGUUCAGGCUGGGUGCGAUGUGGAAGCUCUGGAGGACGGGUAGAUUUCUGAGUGCUUAUUGCCUGUAGUUUUGUAUGAGCAGAGGCCUGAAACAUACUUCACACAAGGACAUGAAAUGUGAAUGCCAGCGCGAAUGCCUCCUGUACAAAUAAAGCACAAAUCACAAGGCCCUGAUGCUGAAGGUAACAAGACAACGUGGCGGUUGCUGUGUAGUGCCGCUUGUAUUAAGGCUCAUAAUGCAGUUAUGCUUGUGUUGCCUUAUGAAAUGACAUAUUUUGAGUUUAAUUUUGAGUAUUUCAACCAGGUAACUGCAACUUAGGCUUAAAGCUAAGUUUUUAUUACAGUUUAAAUUAGGGCUGUGUACUUGCAGGGACUUGUCGAUGCGAUACUUAUCACCAUACAGGGGUUACAAUAUAAUACAUUGCACUGAUAUAUUGCAAUGUUGUAAGCAGGAUUUAAUGACAGUACAAGACAAGCUAUCUAGUGGACGAGGUUUAAACACAACACUCAAUAAAUAAAAAAUAAUGCCUGACACCAGCCUGUAUGUGUACACUAAUAAUUAAAGUACGGUACAAUUUUGAUACAGUAUUGCAAAACUAAAUAUCGCAAUAUUGCAAAAAUUCUUAAAAAAAAUUAUGAUGUCCAAAUUGCUUGAAGAAUGGACCAAUAGAAAUGACCCAAAUCUACUUAACACAACUAUGCACAAAACCCAAUUGCCGUGGCUUAAACUGUCUGCAUUCACAUCUUUGCAUGAAGUAUGUUUCGGUUGUAAGCUCCCAGGUGAAUUGUGGGUAGCUAGGCGAGUUGCGGAUGUUGGGCUUGUUUUUAAAAAGGCCUAGAAUCACUCUGAUGAUGAGAUAAGAUGAGGUGGGAUGAGCUAAACUCCAGUAACUUUUCAGAAAAAAACAACAACAAAGUUUUUAGGAAGAGAUUUGGGUAGAAGUAUCAGAAGACCAGUCGUAUAAAGGAAUGUUAAAGGGAUGUUUAGCUCUGAAGAGAUGCAGUAUGAGGAGGUCAUCAGUAUAAUCCAGCAGCUUCAAUUCCAGAUAAAUCUUUGUUUUGCAGGUCUAUUUUUGUUUGUUUGUUCUAGUGGGGAAUCUUUCAGGAAUGGCUUGCCUGCUGAAGUACAUUUUGGGAGUGUUCUGCUUGUUUUCUGGGACUCUUUAUGACCUGAAAAGCCUAUUUUUGUAGACUGUGCCCAUUGAUACAGUGGCCCCUAGAAUUGGUCCAGUAUAAACUAUACUAGGGAAAAAAUAAAAUGGUGUUUUAACUUUAUAAAAGUGAGUAGCUUGGUUGUUUUAAACGUUUCAAUUAAUUGAACUUAAACCAAGAACCUACUUUGUGUUAAAACAUUUCAAGCUAAGUUUAAAAUGUAAAUCGUUGCAGACUUUUUGGCUUAAUUUGAAUCUGGUGGGUGUUCUUUGCAUUCUUACCAAAUUUCUGAAUGAAUAGUCAAAUAAAAAUGCUCCAUUUCACAUUAAAUUCUAUUGAAAGUUACGUUUUUUUUUUUUUUUAAUUAUUACUUUUUCCUGAUUUUUUUUUUUGGGUGACAGUAAUGAAUUACAUAAUCCUAAUUUUGUCAGUGGUGAAGGUCUCAGAGAAAUGAUGAAGAUUGCACUGUUAUUAUAGGUUUUCUAGAGUUGUCUUUGUUCUUGGUUUGUUUAUUAUUAUUAUUAUAUUAUUAUUAUUAUUAUUAUUAUUAUUAUUAUUAUUAUUAUUAUUAUUAUUAUUACUAUUCUACUGUAUUCCCAAUUUCUUUUUAAAUCACCCACCUCUCCGAAACUGGUUACUAUUCUGAGGAAGCUUAUCUUGUCUUAUCUUGUCCAGGUGCAUCAUUAUCCAUAACAAAGUGGAUCUAGCGAAGAUCAUGGUACGACUGUAUUGCAGUGACUUGAGGAAAUGGUGAACCGUCUCAGGUGUUCUUUAUUUUCAAAAAAGAUGAAAAAAAAAAUCUGUUUACAUCGGUGUCUUUGUGUUGCUUGUUUUUUGUUUGUUUGUUGUUUUUUUUACGCAUGACCCUCGUUUACAUGCUCCUCAUUGGUAGACACAAUGGUAACCUAUGAAAGCUGUAGCUACAUAGUUCAUCUCUGAACCUGAGUCACAGGUCGUAGUUAGUUAAUAGUGUUAGUUAGUAGUGAGUAGGAAUCUAUACGUUGCCAUGCGUAGACACUUUUUGGCUGUAUGGCAUAGCUUUAUGAUGUACGUGUCUGGAUGCCGUAGCUACACGCUGGAGAUACUGAUGCAAAUUUGUGUCUGUCUUUGAGUCACAGGACGCUUGGGAUGUUUUUGAUCAUGCACUCACUCUUUCUUUCUGUUUGGGAAUUGUAUAUUUCAGUGCACUAAACACGAACACUUGAGGGUGUCAGUGACUCGUAUGAAGGUCAUUUCUGGUUCUUGGUGUGUUUCUCCACCUUGUGCUCGCUUGUGCGAUUAGCUAAUGAAAGAGAGCGCAAACAAUGCUGCGUUCCAUUUAAUCUCGGAAGUCGGAUGUUUGAAUUUGGAAAAAUGUUCCACCCGAAUUGACGUUUGGAAAAUUGUACUCUAUUUCAAAACAUUUCUAGAAAACAUAAGCUUAACAGGUUUUAGGAUCAAACCAGUAGUUUUCUGUAGUUUAUGGUGAAUUCAAACAAACUCAUUGUUAGCAUUAGUGACUGAUUAGCAUAACCCCAGGUUUGCAGGUUACUGGUAAGCAACAUUGACCCUGGUUAGCAUUGUUCGUAUCAAUGUACAAUAACUAAUUAGCAUCAUCCCAGGUUAUUAUUGUUCAUAUCAAUGACUGAUUAGCACUUAAUCAAUUACUGGUUAGCAACAUUGACCCUGGUUAGCAUUGUUAGUAUCAAUGUUCAAUAACUGAUAAUCAUCAUUCUAGUUUAGCUCUGUUCGCAUUAAUCACUGACUGGUUAGGAACACUGUCCCAUGUUUGCAUUAUUAGUAUCAGUAUCCGUGAUCAAUGACUAAUUAGCCUCAUCCCAGGUUAGCAUUGUGAGCAUCAUUGACUGGUUAGCAACUUUGUCCCAGGUUAGCAUUGUUAGCAUCGAUUACCGGUAAGUAACAUCAACCCGACCGAAGUUAGCAUUGUUAGUGUCAAGUGUCCAAUGACUGAAAAUCAUCCCAUAUUAGCAUUGUUAGCAUCAGAGACUGGUUAGCAACAUUGUCCCAGGUUUGCAUUGUUAGAACCAGAGACUGGUGGUAUUUUGCAUAAAUUAACACCAUAUGAAGUCCUUGUGGGAAUUGCUUAGUGGUAUGAUAAAAAUAUUAUAUGCCAAUAUUUAAAGUAAAUUUUUUCAGGAUAAACAAUAAACGUUUUCACAGCAGAACAAAAUGCAUCAGCAGAGGCGGAUUCUUUAAGACUGCUAUUCAUAUACUGUUUCAUUCACAGUGCAGUGAUUUUUAUAUUCAGUUAUAUUCCGUUACAGAAUCAGGACUCAUUACACUCUUUAUAAAAAUUAGGUCAGUGCUUUUUUUUUUAGCAUUGAUUGUAUUCUUAAUACACUUUAAAACAUAAUACAUUGUUUACUCAAUGCAAUAAUUUGUCACAAUACUAUAAAAUAUUGUCAUAUUGCCCAGCUGAUUUUAGGCUAUAGAGUAAUUGAAAUUGAGAAUUUUGACAUCCGAGUUUAAAUGGAGCGCAGCAUUAAUCACGACAUUAGACCAUGAAAGGAAAGGCCGGAGGGUUUUAUGAUUUUUAUUUUUUUUUUAAUUGUCGCAGACACUGUUUGGUGACACAAAAAGAGCUGAAGCUUUGAAGUAUUUGAUAAAAGCAGUUUGUGUAUUGAUAAGGUGUGUCCAUAACUAGCUGUAACUAAACCUCGCUGUUUGUUUCAUGGAUUUUUAAUCUCAUCACUCCUUCACUUUAUAUUUGGUUUGGUUUUGUUUUAAUCAUUAUAACUAUCUGUUCUAUUAUGAAAUGAAGAAUGUCUUUUAGAAGAGGAGAAUAAAAGAGUGGUAAAUGUGUUGAGUGCAGAACUCCUCUAUUGGAUGGCCUUUAGUAAAUGGAGUGAAUUGAAGCGGAUGGAUGUGUGAUAUAAAUGCAUAUACACUUCAGUUCCGGCACCGUCAUCGUGAUGGUGUUCCAAAGCACAUAUGUACAGUUUGUAUAAGUCUUGAAUAAGGAGAGGAACUGAAGAGAAAAUGUAAAAUAGUGUCUUGUUUUUGCAUUAUUGUUUUUUUUUUUUCCCAGUCUGCUCUUCAUUGACGCUAGUUUCUGCUGCCACUCCAGCCAGUAGUCUGAUUUUGAGCUGUAGAGUUUGUUUGGCUGUGUGAUUUAUUUAUUUUGAAGCGUUUUUCGUCCAGAAGUUCAUCUCUGUGGUGAAGCAUUUGUCGACAUCUUCAGUUCCUUGAUCAAUAAAACUUGGUAUUCAUCCUG